UCAAUUCAAAAUGAAAAACCCCAACGGGUAAAUUCAAAGCCCAAGAACUCCAGAACCAACACCAUGGAUUCGGGAGACGACGAGACAGGUUCGGCCUCCUCAUCGUCUGAAAUAUUCCUUCUCGGCUUCAUCGAGGCCAACAUCGUCGGUGUGCAGCACUAUCACGCCACCAUCAGCGGCCGCGCCGUCGUCGUCCUUCACCGUGAGCCCGACAACGUCCACGAUGCCAACGCCAUCAAAGCCAGCAACAUCCACGGGGACCACGUCGGUUACAUUGAACGCGCCGUCGCAGCCGUCCUCACCCCUCUCAUCGACGACGAACUUAUCACCGUCGAAGCCAUCGUACCCGACGCCCGCAAAACCUACCGAAUCCUCUGCCAAAUCCACAUCUUCGCUCGCCUCCAAGACUUUGACUUCGUCAAAUGUGCCCUUUCCCGUUGCCCCUGCAGACUCAUCAACGAAUCCGAGGCCGCCUUCACCCUCUCUGACUCCGCCGCCGUUAAAGCCACCAAGGCGGUGAAGAAGACCAUGACCGUCGACGCCAUUUUCAGCCUCAUGAACAGCUACCUUGCCAAUAAGAACCGCGCCAUCGAUUUCUUGGAGCCUCCGAGGAGCAUCAUCAGAACCGAGCUUCUCCCUCACCAGAAGGAGGGUCUCUGGUGGCUCGUUCGCAGAGAAAAAAUUGAUGACUUGCCACCCUUUUGGGAAGAAAACGAUGGGAAGUUCGUAAAUGUUUUAACCGAUUAUCAGACCGAUAAAAGGCCUGACCCCUUGCGAGGUGGUAUCUUCGCCGAUGAGAUGGGGUUGGGAAAGACCUUAACUCUGCUUUCUCUGAUUGCUUUUGAUAAAUGGAGCCAAAUGGGUUUCUCUAAGAAAUGUAGAACGGAUGGAAAGUGGGUUUCUUUAGAGAAGCGACGCAGGAAUGAAAUUGAGGGCUCCCGUGGAACCGAAUUGAGAACAAAUGCAACGUUGGUGGUGUGUUCUCCUUCUGCUAUGUCGGCAUGGAUAACGCAAUUAGAGGAUCACACUGUACCUGGUGCAUUGAAGACUUACAUGUAUUACGGGGAAAGAAGGACAGAGGACACUGAGGAGCUUAAGAAGUAUGAUUUGGUAUUGACUACUUACACUACUUUGUCCAAUGAAUUGGACGAGAUGCCGGCGAAGCAAAUGGAGUGGCGGAGAAUUAUAUUGGACGAAGCACACACCAUCAAGAAUUUCACUGCUAACCUGAGUAAGACGGUUUUCAGGUUGAAAGGUCAGUACAGAUGGGCUGUCACAGGGACACCGAUUCAAAGUGGUUGCAUUGAUUUGUAUUCUUUUAUGGUCUUUUUGCGGUUUCAGCCGUUUUCGGAACGAAGACAUUGGAGAAUUUUGGUGCAAACCCCUCUUAAUCUGGGCUUGGAAAACGGGUUCACACGGUUGCAGGUUUUGAUGGGAGCAAUUGCUUUGCGAAGAACAAAAGAGUUGGCAUUGACGUUUCUGCCACCCAAAACCGUUGAGAUUUGUUAUGUUGGGCUUUCUAUGGAAGAACGGCAGCUGUAUGAGAGGGAGAAAGAGAAAAUAAAGGCAUCGUUGAGAAGAGGUUAUAUCCGUGAGAGCAAUCCACUUUCCGAGUCUAGCGAAGUGCUAAAUAGUUUUCUAUUACUCCGUCAAAUCUGUGUUGAUUUGAAAUUGUGUAAAUUUCAGUCAGAAAGUGAAGGAGAAACAAUUAUAUCUUAUAAUCCCGAGUUGCUGCAAAAAUUACUUGGACAGCUGGAAGAAGGUGAAGAUUUUGAAUGUCCAAUCUGUUUAUCUCCUCCAAUGGAAAUUGUGAUCACACGUUGUGCUCACAUUUUCUGUCGUCCGUGUAUACUGAGAUCUCUAGAAGAGAGGAAAAAAAGUGGUUGUCCUCUUUGUCGGCAAAAACUCUCAUCAGAAUCUGAUAUAUUCUCACCACCUCCCCAGCCAGAGACAGACACUGCUGAACUGAGCUCAGCCUCAGAAAAACCGCUAUCGUCCAAGGUUUCUGCUCUGAUAAAAUGUCUGGAUGAAUCAAGAGACCAAAAUCCAGGUGUGAAGUCAGUUGUAUUUUCACAAUUUCGAAAGUUGCUGUGUUUACUUGAAGAGCCUCUGAAUGCAGCUGGUUUCAAGACUCUGCGUCUUGAUGGGAAAAUGAAUGCUAAACAGAGAGCCAAUGUUAUUCUGCAGUUUCAAGCCCGAGAAAGUGGUUGUUGUCCAACUGUUCUACUUGCAAGCCUGAGGGCUUCAAGUGCAGGUGUAAAUCUGACAGCUGCCUCUAGACUCUACUUUAUGGAACCAUGGUGGAACCAUGCAGUUGAGGAACAGGCAAUGGACCGUGUCCACCGCAUUGGACAGAACCAGCCCGUGAAGAUUGUUCGAUUCAUUGCUCAAAACAGCUUUGAGGAGAAAAUGUUGGUGUUGCAGGAAAGGAGGAAACUACUGUUGAAAGAACCAUAUGGGACGGAAAGAAAGGGCAUUGGCUAUCUAGAUUUGAAAUUCCUUCUAGAUUCUUAGAGAUGCUUAUAAAUCACUGAAUUUCAUUUUUUUGUCUGUUUGAUUACCUCAAACUUUUGCUCUGCCCCAGAAUUUUGUUUGUCCAAGUAUAAAGCCAUUGGACUUAACUUUUUUGAAU